ACUAGUAUACUUUUUUUGUUAAUUUAUAAGUUUUUUUGUUACAUGUACAGUUACAUUUUGAACUAUUUUUCUUCUAUUCCUAAAUUCUAAAGUUUUUUCAGUUAUGUUUCCAUUUUAAUGUAUUUUUGAAUUCUUAUAGUUAAAUCUUGAAGAGUCUCAUAAUUUAAACCGUUACAUUCACAAGUGUAUUGUGUUCAGGUUUUGAGUAUUGAUCAGACAGCUUUUUAAAACUUAUGUUUUACAUGGAACUUGGUUGUCCAGAAAUUAUGACAUAUUAUUAGUUUUGUAAUGGAUAAUGUGAAUGAAAAACGAGUAAUAUACAAAUUAAAAGAAUCAAUGGCGAAUAGAAAACAAAAACAAGAUUCGGAGGUUUGAUAAAAUGAGGAGUCCGACUGUCCAGAUUUAGAAUAUAAUUACGGUGAUACUGAUACACAUCUAAGUGAAAUGUCUGAAUUGUAUAGCUACUCAGAAUUGGAAGAUUUUCAACUCAAUAUAAAAGAAUUUGAAAAAGUUAUGAAAUCUUUAAAUUAUAAUCCAUCAUGGCAUACUUUAAACACUAAUGACAAAAGAGUUGUGAUGGCUAAACUAUUUGAUUAUCUUGAGAUGUCUGAUAAAACCAAAAGAAUGAAUGCUGCAAGGUGUAUAUUGUAUUUGAUUCAGGGAUGUUGGGCUGAAUGCCAAUCAGACAAAGAUCAACAGUCAAACGCUAAAGAAAAUAUACUUUUCUUAUACAAAUUUGACAUUUACAAUAUGUUUGUUAAAUUUUUAAAUAUAGAAAUAGAAUCAUCAGUUCAACCUCAUAAAAAAACUCACGUUAAUUGUACAGAUUCAGAAAAUUUGAAAAUAAUUUUAAACGUUCUAUAUACAUUUAUUGAAAUAUUACGUAUUUCAGAAUUUGAACCUGGAAAUGAAUUUAAGGAAUUCAGAGAAAACUUAUUGUCAGAUAUUGGUUUACCACAUACUGAAGAUCAUAUUAUUGUCAAGUUAUUAGGAAUGAUAACAAGAUUUUGUAGUGGAAUGGCUUCAUACUAUCCAAUGAAGAAAGUUUUAUUACUUUUAUGGAAAUUAAUAUUGGUUUUACUUGGUGGAAUGGAAAAUUUAGCUAAAUUAAAAAAUGAAUAUCGCAGAAAAGCAAAUUUAACUGAAAUCCAAGAGGAUUCAAUUAAAAUAAUUAAGUCAAUGAGAUCCUCAUCACCACCUCCUAGUUCAACUGACAUUAUGAAUGCACCUAAAAGGGGCGUACGUCAAAAACGAGGCUUGGUUAAACAAAGUUCAUUAGAUGAAUCGUUAACUGUCGUGGAUUUAUCAUAUCAAAAUGAUGAAGAUUUUCAAGAUUAUGAAGAUCAGCAAAUGGGCAUGGUUGAUAUUUCUAACAUGAAAAAUAUUCCUGAACCAAUUAAUUUUAGACCACAAACACCACCAAUGCCAUUGGAAUCUAAAGGUCUCCCAUGGGUUCCCAAAGUUCGACAAAAAGACUUACAAUUUUUUUUAGAUCAAACUAGAAUCAAAUUUUUAGGCUUUAAAUUAGAGAAUGACAUAGAUACAUUAAUAGGACUUCCUGAACCUAUUCAUGAGAGUAUUGCAAUUUUAAAACAGUAUAUGUAUACAUCACUCGCUGAUUAUCAAAUAAUGAAAGAAGAAACUAUUCAAAAGAAUCCAUUGACAAUGGGUGAAAAAUGUGUAGAUCAAACUGCUACUGAAGUAUUAUAUCAAGCAAUGUUACCUAAUUUGCCACAGCAUAUGAUCGCUUUAUUAAAAAUAUUAUUAGCUGCUUCUCCAACAUCAAAAGCUAAAAGUGAUUCAAUAAAUAUUAUCUCAGAUAUUCUUCCAAUUGAUAUGCCGAUGUCAUUUUCUGAAUCUGUUAAGUUAGAAACUGAUAUAAACCGACAAAAAGAAAUAGUUGUGAAAGCAAUAAGUGGAAUACUUAUUUUGUUAUUAAAACACUUAAAAGCAAAUCACAUAUAUCAAUUUGAGUUUAUAUCUCAGCAUUUAGUUUUUGCUAACUGUAUUCCACUUGUUAUAAAAUUCUUAAAUCAAAAUCUUGUGUCUUAUGUUUCUUCAAAAAAUACAAUUCCAAUAUUGGAUUUUCCUACUUGCGUCAUUGGUGAUGGACCUGAUUUAUCAUUAGAUAAUAUAGAAAUUGGAGAAUUUCCUUUGUGUUCUUGGAGAAAUAUUUAUUCAUGCAUUAAUUUACUCAGAGUUUUAAAUAAAAUCACGAAAUGGAAGCAUUCUCGAAUAAUGAUGCUCGUAAUUUUUAAAUCAGCACCAAUUUUAAAAAAAUCAUUAAAAGUAAGACAUGCAAUGAUGCAACUAUAUAUUCUUAAAUUGCUAAAAAUGCAAGCUAAGUAUCUUGGUCGAGCCUGGCGCAAAUCAAAUAUGAAAAUUAUGAGUACUAUAUAUCAAAAAGUUCGGCAUAGGUUAAAUGAUGAUUGGGCAUAUGGAAAUGAUCUUGAAGCUCGCCCUACAGAUUUCCAAAUUGAAGAACGAUUUUUAAGAUCUGCUGUUGAUAAAUUUCAUGCAAGACGUUACUCUCAGCAAUUUGAUGACGAGUUUACACCGAGUGAUUUCUAUAUCAACUCCGCUUUAGGUAAACCUGUUAAGUUAUCUAAUGAAUUUAAGCAUCAUUAUGAAAUUUGGUUGGACCAAGAAGUAUUUCAAAAUAACAUUGAUUGGAAUACAUUAUUCACAUAUUUAGAUAUUUAAUUUUUGUAAGUUUCAUAACAUACAUUAUUAUUGUAUUUUACUAUACAUUGAAAUAUAAACUAAAUAUUUUUGA